GAAGGGACCCACAGAGGCUCCAAGAGGAACGCUCGAGGCUUCGAGCCAUGGCCUUGCUGUUUCAGGUCCUGGUUUUGCCAGUGGCCCUUCACCUGAACAGCCUGGGAGGCCCAGACUUCGUAGAUCUCCAUGAGGAUGUCUCCCUUUGCCCUGCGACCUGGCAGGCGGCCGGCCAGCGGCUCUGUAACAAAGAUGCCCUCCAGAGGAUCGCAGAUGCGAACAUCCACCGGCAAGCCAUCGAGGGGUUCCUGGUGCAGCCUUGGGCUUUCCCAGGUCUGGAGUCCAGCACGAGGGCCUUGGCAUCAGCAGUCAUCACUGCCUAUGACAUGCUCGUGGCGUGGGCGCUGGAUCAAGGCUGCCUGUAUGCUCACGGCUUCGCGCUGCUGGUCUCAGCGUUGCGGGUCCACUUCCUGAUUCUCAUCGCCGGAGUUGUCCAGGACAUUUGCGGCUGUGUGCUGUUCUGUGUGAGGAAGACCUUGCUGCGGAUGCUCGCGCCCCUGACCGAAGCUUUCAGCCUGAUGGCCGGCCUUUGCAGCCGCUCCCGCCGUGAGCGCCCGGUGGUGCCCCGAAAGGUGCUCUCGGUCGCGCCGGUGCCGCUGAACGCCUCGGCGGUGCGGCGCCGCACGCGGCAGGCGCUGGAGGCCCUCGCGGAAUCGACGCAAGCCUUGGCCAAGGCCGGCUUGACGCCCGAGGACAUGGCACUCCACGCCGCGGAGCUGCACUACGCCCAAGAGAGGUGCCACCCCAUGCGGGAGAGCGAGCACGGGGAAUGGUGGCUGCCAGAGGGCGUGCAGCUGGAAGUGCCCCGGCUGCGGCUCAGCGAUUCCCUGCGCCUCUUGGGGCUGCUGCUUCCGCUGCCCUGCACGGUGCAGUUGCUGGAGGAGACGUUGCCCAUUCCGCUGCAGGGCCCGCUGUUGGGCGCCUGCGGCAUCUUCUGCGCAGCCGCCAGCGGCUUGCUCAGCGAAGGGCACCAGGCGUGGCCCACAGCGCUGCUGGCGCUGCUCCGCGCGCUGCUCGCGGCGCUGGGCGCGUGGAGCGCCAGCUACGCGGCGCUCUCCGCGGCGCUGCUGGCCUCCGUGGACCUGCGGCGCCUGGACCACCGCGGGCGCCGGAGCCGGGCGCAGCUGGCGGCGGUCUUCGGGGCGGCGCACGUGGCGUCCAUCUUCAAGUCCCAGGUGUGGGACAUGGAGGAGGCCUAUGGGGUCGUUGAGAAAGGUUCGGACUAA